AUGUGGUGGAAAUUGCUCGGGCUGUUCGCCAUAGGGAGCAUAGCUCUCUCGGAGAAAGAUCAACUCCCAUUUGAGUCUGCCAACUUCGAUGUCAGCGCCGCCCUUAACGACCUUGGUGUUGGUCUUUCAGAAAUUUCAGCACUGAGCAUGAGAGAAUCGUCAACCGAGGAGGGAUGCUCAAUUGCCUGUGGCAGCUUGAUCCAUGUACUUGGACUUGGAAAAGUCUCCAGCCAGGAUACACAACCAUACAAAAACUUCACCGAUUCAUUUUGGUCGACCCAACAAGGGGCAGUCGCACCACGAUGCGUUAUCCAGCCAUCAUCAAGCAAGGAUGUCAGCAUUAUCGUGCUACUAGCUCGUCUUACUAACUGCCGAUUUGCAGCCAGAAGUGGCGGCCAUGCAGCUUUUGAGGGUGCUUCGAAUAUCCCCGGAGGAAUCAGCAUCUGGUUCAAAGAUAUGAAUGAGAUCACACUGAAUGAAGACAAGUCAGUAGUUUCUAUUGGACCAGGCAAUCUUUGGGGCCAAGUGUAUGAGACUCUUGAACCUCAUGGUUUGGCUGCUGUGGGCGGCCGCGCCUCUAGUAUCGGCGUGGGAGGUUUCAUUCUCGGAGGUGGAAUUUCAUUCCACUCCAAUCUGUACGGCUGGGCUCUCGAUAAUGUGCAAAGUUUUGAGGUCGUCACCGCGAGUGGCGCUAUUGUCACUGCCAGUGAGACUGAGCAUUCUGAUUUAUACUGGGCCCUCCGAGGAGGCGGCAACAAUUUUGGUCUGGUUACCAAGUUCAAUCUCUAUACGAUUCCAUACACAAUGAUGAGAGGGGGAGCUAGAUCAUUUGUUCAGGACCAGUUCCCAGAAGUCAUUAAUGCGUUUGUGAAUGCUGUCAAUGACGCACCAAAAGAUGGGAAUGCCCAGCAAUGGCUGGCUUUCCUAGACUAUCAGGGAACGAAAAUCGCAUCAGCUGAACUGACAUAUGCUAAAGAUGUUGCCGACCCGGACAUCUUCAAACAAUACAGGGAUAUCCCUGCUGUCUCGGAUACAACGACAUCCAAAAGUUUGGUCCAGUAUUGCAAGGAUAUUGAAGCCAGCAAUCAAAUUGGCCAUCGCGAGGUAUAUUGGCCAAUUGCAACACAGCUAAAUGAAGAGUUUGCUUUAUGGGCGGCUGAGGAGUUUUUCACGGCCUUACCACAAGUCGCGAAUGUGACGGGCAUACUCCCCGUACUUAUCUACCAUGCCCUGACAGAGCCAAUCUUGGAAAAGAUGUCCAAAUUCGGCGGAAACGCAUUAGGUCUUGAUUCUUCCAAGGGCCCAGUCCAUUUGCUACAAAUCGCUUGCUGGUGGGACGACGAGGCGGACGAUGACGCGGUCUAUCGAUUUAUCAAUAGCUACUGGGAAACCGUGCUUGAGAAAGCGCAGACCAUGGGAAUUAGCAAUGGCUUUAUCUACAUGAAUUAUGGAAGUAAAUUCCAGGAUGUGAUUGCUGGCUACGGAGAUGCCAACGCGGCUCGCUUGCGGCACAUUGCUUCAAAAUAUGAUCCCAAGGAGAUCUACCAGGCCCUUCAACCAGGAUAUUUCAAACUUGGACAUGCCCCCAAAAGCUUUGUACCCAGGUCUUCUGGUGACACGGAAUAG